CCCGACGACAUGUCACGUGACCUCUCCGCCAUUUAUCCUUUUUCUACCUUGGCCAACAAAACUCUACGAGUAAAUUUUGAAAGGUCUUACUGCGGUAGAGGAGUUUACUUAAAGCUCUGCGAGUAAUGACCACAAACGGUGAGGAGCAAAUGGACCAAAUGACAGAAGACAAAUUAUUAGCCGAAGACGAAAAAGACGACCAAAUGGAUUUUGAAAUUAACGGCAGAGCGGAGGACUUGCAAAAAUUAAUUGACUAUGGAAUUGACAGAAAAGUGUCCGAAGAAUUGGUCAAAAUUUAUUUAACAGGAAAACUCACCCCAUCUGAUCUAGAUGAACGCGCACUAGAUGCACUGAAAGAAUUCAAUGCCACUGAUGCAAUAGAGGUCUUGAAACAGUUUUGUGAAAGCAACUUAGAACAUGUGGGCAAUAAAAGUGCAUUUUUGUGUGGACAAAUGAAAACCUACCGUCAGAAGAGCAAACAAGGCGGUGCAGCAACACAAGCCAAGGGCCCAGAUGAAGCCAAGCUGAAAGAAAUUUUAGAUAGAACUGGCUAUUCCUUGGAUGUCACUACGGGUCAGAGAAAAUAUGGAGGACCUCCACCUAACGAGGACGAUGUACAGCCAGGUCCAGGUCAUGAGGUCUUUGUUGGCAAAAUUCCAAAAGAUCUGUUUGAAGAUGAACUUAUUCCAUUGUUCGAGAAGUGCGGGCGGAUCUGGGAUCUCCGACUAAUGAUGGAUCCCCUCACAGGCCUUAACAGGGGAUACUGCUUUGUCACAUUCUGUGACAAGGUGGGAGCGCAAGAAGGUGUCAAGCAGCUGGACAACUAUGAAAUCAGAAAGGGCAAGACAUUGAAAGUGAAUAUCUCAAUUGCCAACCUGAGGUUAUUUGUUGGAAACAUUCCCAAAAAUAAAACAAGGGACGAAAUCAGAGAAGAAUUUGGGAAAAGAACAGAGGGUCUCACAGAUGUCAUCGUGUACGGAUCAGCCGACAACCAGAAACUGAAAAAUAGAGGAUUCUCAUUCCUGGAAUACGACAGCCACAAGUCUGCUUCCACUGCCAAGAGGAAACUGGGAAGUGGCCGUGUCAAAGUCUGGGGUUGUGAUAUAAUUGUUGACUGGGCUGAUCCUCAAGAAGAGCCAGAUGAUGAGACUAUGUUGAAGGUUAAAGUGCUAUACGUUCGCAACUUGACUGCGGAUGUAACAGAAGAAAUACUUAAGGAAAAGUUUGAAACGUUCGGCAAAGUCGAACGAGUGAAGAAAAUCAAGGACUAUGGAUUUGUUCACUUUGAAGAUAGGGAUCAUGCAGUCAAAGCGAUGGAUACACUAAACAACACAAAGGUAGGGGGCAUGGACAUAGACAUUUCUUUGGCCAAACCUCCAUCAGAGAACAAGAAGAAAGAACAAAGGAAGAGGGACAAUGAACGAAGACAAUACAUGAGAGGCUUUAUGGGAUACGACGACUUCUGGGGCCCCCCCACCGGCGGGAGAAUGCCCCCACCAAGUGGGCCCCCGCGACGAGGUGGCUUCCGGCCACCACCGCCACAAGGAAGAUAUGGAGAUCCCUACUAUGAAGAUUAUGGUUGGUUUGACUACGAUGACUACUAUGGAGGCUAUGGUCCCCCAGUCCCCCGAGGCCGUGGGCGUGGCGGCCCCCCUCCCCCAAUGGCUAUCCGUGGGCGUGGGGCCCCGCCCCGAGGCCCUUCCCGAGGUGGGCCAGGGGUUCGGGGAGGCCCUGGGCGUGGCGCCCGUGGCCGAGGCGUGGUAGGCCCCAGGGGCAGAGGAAACGCCCAACCGAAGCAGCUGAGAGGGGGAAAGAGGAAAGCAGGGAUGGAGUUGCACGUGGGGCAAUCAAAGAGGAGGAAUCUGGAUAGCUGGGGUAACCAGCCAAUCCCUCAACAACCCCUAGAUCAGUCAGGAUAUGGUGGCUACGGUGGAAAUGACUCUCAGUGGUACCAGGAUUCAUACGGUCAAAAUUGGGGCUAAAGAGGUCGACCUGCCUUCAUCCUUUGUUCAAACUAAAACAAAAAUUGCUGAGCAAAAUUUGAAAUUUUUUACUUCUGGCUGUUUCCUCACGGAAUAUAUAUGUACAUAUUCAUCCUAACAUCCCCACAUUUGGAAAGAAGAUCGAGCCAAAAUUGGAGUUAUUUUGUGCAAGAAUUGGAACUUUCUCCACCUAUUUACCAGCUUGAUACAUGGAUACUUUUCAAAAUCGUACGGCCUUUCAAAAUCUUAAAGGUCUGGCAGCUGUUGUGAUUAACAAAAUUGCAUAAACAGUUACCCAUCGGACACACUUGAACAUCAAUCAUGAAUCACUUUAAGGUGAAGGAAUUCAAAUCAUGGAAUUUCCAAAUUGUACUGGAAGCUAUUUUACUCAUUUGCUGUAAUCAUUGUCCUUUUGUGCUGGAAGACUUUUGUUUCAUUAGUGCAUUUAUUUUAUCAUUCGCUGUAAGAAAUAAGCCAAAAUUAUGGCAAAUGUGUGUAUUCAUUUGGCUCACAACCAACUUGUCAUCAAGUUCAUUUCACAAACUUUGUAACUUUUCACAUUUAUCAUUGUGGUUUGUAGUGUCUUUUUCUUUUUGGCAUUUAACAGCAGCUACUUAUGUAAUCCAACAAAAAUUAGUUAAAUUGGCAAAUAAAGUCAUGGUUUUAUGUGUAGAUGUCGGAAUUUCAAAAUCUGUCAUUUUUUUCCCCCCUCUUCACACGUGAACAAAUUGUUCAUAGGAAGAAUGUUCACAAUGAAAUUUUGUAAUAAAAUUAGGUUUCAAAAUUUGAGACCUCAAAACUA